UGAGAGCUGAGCUUCUUGAAGUUCUUCAGAAAGCAGGAAGGUUGAGCGCAUAGUCCAGCGCAUAGCAGCAGCUCUGGCCCUGAGGGCCUUGAGAAUAUUCUUUCCCAGGUUUGGUGAAUGCUCGAGGAGGUGGAACGUCUAGGUGAAUGUCGGCAACGAUUUAGCGCCCUCGAAGAAGUGGUGCAGCAUUGCAGUAACUAUCUCCCUUUUACAUAUGAUCCGUAGAUUGUUGGCGAGGCCUUUGCAGUGCAAUUUUGUCUUCGGCUGUCGAUCAGAGUGUCAAGGACUGGCUCUUGCUCAAAUGGGGACUCUGACACUGGCCGUUGGAGGCGACUCUUUGGCACUAGGGCCUCCCAAUUUGUAUACGCCAGCUGCAGAAGGUGGUAUCAAGCUGGCUGUCCGAUCGCACCUUCCCACCACUACUGUUCCAAGCAGCUGGUCAAAGACCCGCAGCUUCCGAGCUGCUGCUGGAUACGAAGGCCGGGCAGGCACACUGCCACUUCUUUCUCCCAAGGCGCUAACAAGUGGCGGCAGCAACUUCAUUGGUGGUAAUCUUGAAGCAAGAUAUCUGCAAAGCCCCGCGAAUGCCAGAGCACAUUCUGUCGCGGCGCCACCGAAGGCAGCUGCCCCUACAUUAGACAGCACAUCAAGGACUAGUCGCCCUCCACUUGCAAAAACCAGGUCGGAUGAAGAGAGAUCCGGCAGCCGCAAUGCUGUUGUUUGGACAGGGGACGAUUCUUCUGAUAUGCCAAAGGGGACAGUAGCGGAGGCCGGCGUCAAGUUUGAGUCAUUGGGGCUGUCGGAGUCUCUGCUUUUGAGACUGCAGGACCUGGGCUAUCAGCAGGCAACAGACGUCCAGGCUCAGGCUAUCCCGCUGUUGCUAAAGGGCAAGGAUGCAGCUGUUCAGUCCUACACUGGCUCUGGCAAGACCCUGGCCUACUUGCUUCCCAUUCUGAGCCUCAUUGGACCCAUCAGCCACUCGCGAUGGGUCGAGAAGCGGGGCACAAGAGGAGUGGAAGCCAUGGUUGUGUCGCCCUCCAGGGAGCUUGCGAUGCAGAUAGUGCGGCAGCUGGAAUUGCUGCUUGGGGAUGAGUACAAGGGCCUGGUGCAGCAGCUGAUUGGAGGGGCCAACAUGUGGCGUCAGGGGGAGCGCAUCAAGGAGAACAAACCCAUUUUUGUGGUCGGGACCCCUGGGCGGAUAGCCGAAUUCAGCAGAUCGGGGAGGUUGCAGACGCACGGGUGCCGCUAUUUGGUCUUGGACGAAGCCGACCAGCUGCUGUCGCUCAAGUUCCGGCCCGACAUGCUGCGCAUCCUGGAGCACGUGGGCACCCAGCGCACAAAGGAUGACAUCCGCAGUGCCGAAGACAACGGGCCGAGCACGAGUGGGCGCGGAGGGCGGGACAGGUCGAGCGUCCGGGCGGAGAGGCAGACGGUGCUUGUAUCUGCGACCAUGCCGCGAACCGUCCUGCAGGCAGCGGUGAAGUGGGGCUACAACCCCGUUCACAUCACCCCCGAAGGCCCCCAAGAGAUUGCGGUUGGAGCGGCAGCGAAGGCGGCCGCGCUCAUUGGCACGUCAGCGACUGGUGUCGUCGUCCCUGCCGCUGUUCCUUCAGCAGCUGCUACCGCUACUGGUGAUGGCCUGGCAGCCAGCCUGCCUCCCAAUCUGGAUCAUAGAUUCGUCGUGACAGCAGCUCGACAUCGCGUUGACACAUUGCGGAAGUGCAUAUACGCUCUGGACGCGCAAUCGAUCCUCGUCUUUAUGAAUUAUGGCAGACGACUGCAAGAUGCUGUCUUCAAGCUCCAAGCCCGGGGCAUGGAGGUCGGCAGCCUGCACGGAGGCCAAAAUAAGCUCCAGCGGAGCAACACCCUGGCUUCCUUCCGAGACGGCAAGAUUCGCGUGUUGUUGGUUAGCGAGGUCGCGGCCCGGGGAAUCGACGUGGUAGACUGCGAUCUGGUUGUCAACCUGGAGUUGCCCUCGGAUGGUGCCCACUAUUGCCAUCGAGCAGGGCGGACUGGGCGUAUCGGUCGGCAUGGCAACGUCAUAUCUUUGGUGGAGCCCAACGAAGUGUUCGUUCUUAGAAAAUUCGAGAAACAGCUAGGAAUCUCGAUAACAGAAGCGGAAGUAACGGAGGGGAGAAUGUACGAGAAAAGCACUGUUCCUUUGCAUCAACGGGAAGAGACCUUUGAUCAAAUGUAAGCUGAAGUUUCUUUGAUGAAUUAAUAGCGCAGCACACCCCGCCUGGUAUCCAAAACAAGCCUUUGUCCGUGCCGUGAGCCUGUGUGGUGAACCUUCAAGAGUCCGAAUGAGGGUGUGGAACCAGUAGAUCAACACAAGCCAUGCAGACUCCUCAAAUUGCUGCCGAGCAUAAAAUCUAUGUAGAGCCGCAUCAUCGAUAACUGCUAGCUAGUUCUAUGCGUGUA